AUGGCAGCCAACAACGACUGGACACCGACGUCUUGGCGCUCAAAGCCCAUCAAGCAAGAGGUUGUCUAUGAUGAUCAACUUGCAGUCAACAAGGCUGUGACUAAACUCACCAAUCUACCUCCUCUGGUUACAGCUCACGAAAUCUGGAAACUUCGUGCCUCAUUGCGGGAUGUAGCACUCGGCAAGGCUUUCCUGCUGCAGGGUGGUGACUGUGCCGAACUCUUCUCCUACUGCAAUGCCAGCUCUAUCGACAGCAAGACCAAGCUGCUAUUGCAGAUGUCUCUCGUUCUCAUCUAUGGUGCUAAUAAGCCUGUCGUUCGUAUCGCACGUAUGGCUGGUCAGUACGCCAAGCCCAGAUCUUCACCCAUGGAAAGUCAACCAGAUGGCUCAAAGAUCCCUUCCUUCCGUGGUGACAUCUUAAACGGCUACCCUGCCGAGGAAAGAGCCAUCGAUCCUGGACGUCUCGUCGAGGCCUACUUCCACUCUGCCGCAACUCUGAACUACCUUCGCGCUCAACUGGCCUCUGGAGUCGCUGACCUGCACAACCCCCUAGACUGGAACUUGGGUCACGUGGCCGACCCCGACCUAGCAGAGCGCUACCACAAGAUCGUAGACUCGAUUGCCGAGUCUCUUCGCUUCAUGCGCACAAUCGGCGCAGACACCGCCGGACAACUCCAAACCGUCGACCUCUACACUUCCCAUGAAGGCCUGCUACUCGAGUACGAAAGCGCAAUGACCAGAGAACUCCGCCAUCCCCUCAACAAAUUCUCUGCUUGUGCCGGAACUUCUGCUUCUGUGGCACGUAGCAGUAUCAGUGAUUCCGAAGACGACGAAGAUGAAACGGGUCAUUACAACACUUCUGCCCAUUUCCUGUGGGUAGGCGACCGUACUCGUCAGCCUGAUCACGCUCACAUCGAAUACUUCCGCGGCAUCAUAAACCCCAUCGGCAUCAAAGUAGGACCUACAACUUCCGUCACCGACCUCUGCGAACUCCUCGACAUUGUGAAUCCAAACAAGGAAAUUGGAAAAGUGACCUUGAUCACUAGAUAUGGUGAAGCCAAAGUCUCAGACUUGUUACCUACACACAUCAAAGCAGUUCGACAAAGUGGCCACAUUGUGGUUUGGCAAUGCGAUCCCAUGCAUGGAAAUACUCGCUCCACGGCUACGGGCAUCAAGACUAGAUCUUUCGGCGCCGUGUUUAAUGAGUUGGAAGCGUCUUUGCGCAUUCACCGUGCUUUGGGUAGUGUCCUAGGCGGUGUGCAUCUAGAACUCACAGGCGACGCAGUAACCGAAUGCACGGGUGGUAGUGUAGGCUUGGAAGACGAAGAUUUAGGAAGCAGAUACGAAACUUUCUGCGACCCUAGGUUGAAUGAGAAACAGGCUCUCGAGUUGGCCUUUUUGAUUGCCGGGUUCCAGAGAAAGGGUAGAUCUAGUGUUGCUGUUUGA